AACACUUCCCGUGCCUUCUCCUCCGCCACAUCAUCCACAAGCUCCUCGUACAUCUCGCUCAACCCAAAGGCGCCCUCGAGCAGCAUGCGUAUCCCCAUGGCCACGCCCCGCAGACCGCGCUCCAACACUGCGAACUCGUCGACCUCGGUGGCGUCGUUCGUGUCGCAGAGCUCCUUGCACAGCUGCGCUUCGUACAGCAGCCUGCGCAGCCGGUCGCCGAGUCGGGAGAGGAGGGGAGUGAUAGAAGAUGGGUGGACGCCUGUGGAAGAGUACUUCUAGACGCAGGACGGCCCGUCUGCGAUGACCACGACUCCGACUUGGAUUGCUCACGACUUUACAUCCUACGCUCUCUUCCCGCUUCUUGUAUAUUCGACUUGCCCGCUAAGCUGUCUUUCGCUUCUUGUCUAUUCUUUCUCCAACCUCCAGACACUCUUUUGCCCUUACGUUACGACCUCCAGACACUCUUUUGUCCCUACGUUACGGCCUCCAGACACUGCCUUCUUGUACAUACAUUCUCUCGACACAGUCACUACCGCAUUUUUUGGAUCUUGGAAAAUCUCUCCUUUCCUUUUGGCCGCUCAUUUGCACCCUCACCCUCCAUCAUAUAGCUUUCAUGUACAUUCUUUCGCUUUAUCCAACCGCUCAUGCACACAACUUCAUUCUUUCUACACUUCAAACACUCAUUUUCAGCAUCACCAUCGGCGUCAUCUCCACGCUCAAUAUUACGACUGCUGUUGACCAGCAUCUUUGUUCUUCCUUCCAGUCACUCCUUCACACCUAAACC